GAAGCUAUUGAGUUUUUAAUUUUAUAUCGUCAUUUUCAUCUUGUUUUGAGUUCUUUUGUUUCAUAAUCAAUUUGUUAUUUAGCUAUAUAUGUCAAUGGAACUGCGAUAACAACAAUAUUACAUAACAAGAUGAUAGGAUUGGCAAUACUCCUGCUCUGCCCAAAUAUUUCUGAAGGUGGGUAAGGAGGACAAUCAUAUUUCAUAAAAUAAUUAACGUACUUUAUCAAUCCUAAUUUUAUAACAUUGUGGGCCUUAUAAUGAGCAGGGAAGGUGAUAUUGCUAAAAACGUGAAUAUUUGAUAUUUCUACAAGUGUCAGCAGACAACAAAUUUGAAUGAAUCUGCUUUUAAAAUACAUGUGUAAAUCGUCUUCAACUUAACAAUAAUCAAAAAAAUCAAUUUUUUACUCUUCCAGCACAGAAUCUUACUUGGAUUCCUUUCUCUGUCUCACAUCAAGCCGUCAUCUCCACCGACUUUUCCAACCUUGCCGUGGAGCGGUUCUACGUGAGACUUCCUUGUGAUAGAUCCGUUUGGUUCAAGCUUUUCCUCCGACGUGAGCAUGGUCCCAACUCCCAUGUUGAACUUCUCAGUAAGGUGGGUUAAGCAGCAUACUCUUAUUUUUCCGUCACUGAGUUGGUUCUAUUUAUCAGAUAGUUUUGGAUUUUAUUUUUAACUUUAUUCAUAUUGAUUGGAUCAGUCUGCAAGACUGUUAAGAUUGAAAUUUUGUUAGAAAAGUAACAAAAGUGUAUUUUAUAUCAACUUCAGGUAAAAGGAAACAUUUUUUGUAACGGUGCUGGUGCUAGGUACGACGGAGAGAAGACUGAUUUCAAUAUGGGGAGUAUCAUGAAGUGUGAAUCCGACAACAAAAACAUAAUUAUUUUAGUUGAAAAGACAGCUGACAGAGUAACCAUCAAGAACGCAGGAAGGGUUUUGUAUACUCAAGCUUUCACCUACAACGACGGAAACUGCCGUGUAGCUACCACUAUUGUCAAAACACAAGUUUGGGAAUACAGCGGAUGGCUAGGCCUUGCUGUCGAAAAUUCCGCUGAGAAACAAGAUACUACUGAGAGAAUCGACUCCGAUAAAGCUGCUGAAGCCAUUGAAGAGGUUUCAAAUUGGUUACCAGUGAAACGUGAGGUGAAAAUAGAGUGGGAUCUUGAGUCGACACCUUUAGAAAUUAGAACUAAUAGUGUGCUGGGGAGUGACAAUAUGGUGUAUGUGGACUUCUACUCUGCUGGGGGAGAGUUUGCAGGAGCAGUCGCGCUCUUCUUCACCUCUACUCCACAAUACAACCUCAGCUGGUGCACAUCCUCCACUAACUUCCCUGUUAAUCUCCCCUCUACUGCUGACAAGGUGUGGCGUAUAACCAGAACUGCAGGUGUCAGAGUAGUGAUACACUGUAACGAGGUAGAGGUGCUCAACAUAAUGAUCUCUCUAGCAACGUGUGACGGUAGCUGGUGGAGCACGAUCUGGAACACGGACGUGGCAAAGAUAAAGUUCUCUUCCUCCGACACAGCAUCUGAUUACUACAGAACACAACCAGUGAGCUGCACGGGACUGAAGGCUGAGUGGAGGACUACGAUCUGGACAACGACACAGUUCCCAGUAGUCCCAGGAACCGUGGUGGAAGUGAAUUGUGUUGAAUCCAGAGCUCUCAAUAAAGGGAGCAGCGAGAGCCGUGUGGAGAAGGACCUCUGA